AUGGAAAUAGCCCCCCUCUCAACACUUGACACUAUUGCUGUUCACAUUCUAUAUGCCACAGAGGCUCAGGAUGAAGUAUAUGAAGCCGCGACUAAAAUUGAUAUCUUAACUGGUGAUUUUGAAAGAUUAACCGAUGUCGCAUCUUUAUGUGGUCUGCUCUCCUCACGAGUUGGUGACCACAUUGCUGAUACCGGUAGUGAUAGUGACGAGAAACAAAGUCCAGUCUCCACUUUCGAGACAACAAAUGAUGCAUUUUCAGACUGGAACAAGGUUGUCUUCAAGAUUCUGAGUGAAUCUCUCGACGUGCCAAUUGCAGAAAUGGAGAUGGAUUCAAAUCUUGACAACCUAGGCGCCGAUUCUCUUGUUGCAACAGAGAUUAUCAGCAAGUUGAAUGAAGCAUCUGGGGUCGACAUAUUAACGACAGAAUUCGCUUCAAUAGUCGAUGUGGCAUCUAUCUUUACUUUGAUUCCUGGUGCAUCGGAUGUUGAUUCAGUGCAGACUCCAAUAACUAGUCCGUCAAAAUCUUUGCCAGCAAGUCCAGAUUCAAGUGGUGAUGGCGCAGCGGCUUUUUACACGGAAAUAAAACUGACUGAAAACAAAGAGGGAACGACUUCGACCAACUUCGAUAUUCAUGCUAAGACCACCAAUUACUUCGGUUACUGGGAUAAGGUAUACCCAGAGCAGCUGAAGACUGUCACAGCCUUCAUCAUAGAAGGUUUUGAGAAACUUGGCUGUCCUAUCAGACAAUUUCGCCAGGGAGAGAAACUUCCCGCGGUAAAACUCACACUUGAGAUUCUACGGCUCUGGGAAAUCUUGGAAGAGGCAGGAGUCGUCAAGAAAAUAGGAGAUGAAGUCGUAUGUGGCUCCGCUGCCAAAGACUUUGUCAAUAAAGCCAUGUCUGCCAAGGGAUUGAGUACCAAGCUCAUUUCAGACUUCCCUUAUUACUUACCAAUGAACAGAAUUAUAGGUCUUGCGGGUCCUCAAUUGGCAGAUUGUUUCACUGGUGACGUUAAUCCCAUCUCUUUCUUAUACGGUAAUGAAAAAGGCCGUAGCCCCAUUUAUGACUUUAAUUUCAGCACGCCAGAUGCACUCGCUGCUGUGAACGUACUUUGCGAUUUUGUUUCGGCAAUCAUUCGCUGUCGGAGUUUUGAACAUGAGCCUUUACAUAUCCUCGAAGUAGGUGCUGGUACCGGGGGCACCACUAAGCACCUUGUUCCAUUCUUAAAAGCCAUUGGACUCCCCUUUAUGUAUCUUACACUUUCACCGAUAUCUCGACGUCGCUAG